AGCUGGAGUCCCAGAACCGGUCAGUUACGGCUCUUGCCUCAACGAGGAAAGUACCAUUUUUGUAACAGCUUCGAUGAAAAAUAUUACUGCUUGAGAAAAAAAUGGAAACAGGAAACCGUUUGGUGCUAUUGGAUUUUUUGUUAGUGACCGUCGCUCUAGUAACUCACAUAGUGGAUUUCUUAGUCAGUGGCUAUACUGCUUACAAGCAAUUUUACAUGAGAAACUAUGCAAUCGUGGCGGUAACUGCACUUUUGGCAUUUGUACCCGGAUUUAUCACAUCAGUAUUAAGUUGCUUUUGGCUGGCAAGAGGUUCAUCUCAGUCGGUCAGACCCAAGUUGCCAACUCUGUUUCACGUUUUCCGGAUUCUUUCAGUAGUAUUUCUGAACAGUCCAGUCUCCGGAUAUGUGAAUGCUCUGUACUAUUUGUUCAAGCGCCAUCAAGCCCUAUUGAAGGGCGAGCUUGAAGCAUUGCAACGGAGUUGGGAACUAAUGGCUGCAUGCAUGAUGGAGGUGACGAUGCUUCGCCUUUAUUUUGCAUUCCUGAACACUUGUCCGCAAUUGAUUUUGCAAAUAUACUUCUGGUUGCAAAUGGAAACAAAAGCAAACUCAUCUGAAGGAUGGCUGGACAUUCUCGUGGCAAUGAAUUCCAUGAUCAGUAUAAGUAUGGCGGCCACCACAUACGAUCGCACUUUUCUUCAAAAUCGACCCGAUAAGGAAACUAUGCGAUUCCGUGCCACUGUCAUGUUAUUUUUUAUUCACUUCUUCAACCUCGGUGCGCGUCUGCUGGCCAUCAGCCUAUUCACAUCGCUCAGUGUCGAAUACGUUGCAUUGCUGCUGGGAAUUCACUGGAUUGUCAUGGUAGCUUGGUUGAUGUUACCCGUGCUAAAAUCCUCUUUUCAUUUUGAAAAAAUUCUCGCAAUCAUGGCAUUGGGUGUAGCGUUCAUCUUUGUGUUCAUUAAAAGCGAAGGCAGCCGAACGCGACGUAAAUAUGCAUUCUAUUACACCAUUUCACUGGUGGGCAACACAUCGAUGAUGGUCAUGUGGUUCAAACACGGAAGCUAUCCAAACUUACCUGACAUUCCAAAUUUCAUGGACUCCUGGAUCUACUAUCUUGGUUUAACUUGCCAUUACGUAUUUUUUUUCACGGGUAUCGUUUUGCUGGCGUUGUACCACAUGAGUCGCCUUCCGGGACGAGCAGCUUCGGUCGAGAUUCGGCUGAGCGAGCGACUUCCCAACUAGAAAUACAAGAAGCUCUACACUUGAACGUGAACGAUGGUUUGUUUGUUUGUUUGUGUAUUGAUCGGUACAAAGUUGUAUAAAUCCAGAGAGCAUGAUUACAAGGAGAUGAUCAAGAA